AUGGACAUCAGGAUGAAUACGUGGUACGCUGGUGGUAGUUUUGGGAUGGGAGAUGGUUCAAUGCUGGUGACAAUCCAGGUGUUGAUGAUGAUGGCAUGUUUGCUGGUCGUUCGGCCCUCCAGUGAGCUAAUGGAGGCUUUGCAUGGGGAUGUGCCGGAUUUUGGCUGGGGAACCGAGCUAAGACUGGAGUGGCUGGAUAUGGGACAGGACACAAAGGCCAUUUUGGAUGGUGUCCAAGGAGAACGUGGGGUGGGUUGGGGGGUGGAACAGGGAGAGAAUGGCGACAAUAUCGGAUGCAAAGAUGGACGCAUGCAGGGAAAGGGGCAGGCCCGAUGGGAAUUUGGUAACAGUCGCCAAACAGAAUAUGCGCAAGUAGGCGAUCACGAAUAUGCGACACAAACGGUGGAGGAACUGGAAGGUAGCGGCGGUCCGGAAAGCAUGAGAGAAGCAGCACAGUGGGACGAUAGUGCAAAGAGCAGGGGGGAAGGCAGAGUAAACGGCAUGAGAGUGGUGCGGUAUAAGAGAAAUUGGUUAACGAAAGAGCAAACGCUAGCUGCUGAACUGAGGCAGCACAAGUGCCGCAGUAAGACUCCACAAGGAGUAUGCACGGGUGAGGUGAACUCACUAGGAUGCACAGCGCAACAAAAGGUUGAGGGAAACUUCAAUGCAGACGGCUUGUCUGAAGCGCACAUUCCCGAUGGAGCAAAUGCAAAGGCAGCGCUGAGGGAGUGGGGAGAAGGGAAAAUGCAUGUUGAAAGACACGUGAAGACAUUGAAACACGAGGACCAGUAA